GAGAAAAAUGAAGAGGCUCGGGAGAAAAGAAAGAGAAAAAAAGGAAGAGGGAGUCGGGGACGGGACAGCCAAAAGGGUGGUGGACGGGAUGGGAUGGGAAAAAAAAAAGUUAUGGGGUCUCCUUCUAUCUGCGUGAGCUAGUCUAUCUAAUCAGCACGCAAGCUGCGUCCUAGUGUAAUGGGCCUUGUCCAGACAACAGGCAUUGCGCUAGCUCCUUUUUCCCUCUUUUUUUGUACCAUCUUCAACCCUGCACGGCCCCGAUAUCGUUCGGCGCUCCUUUUGUGUUUUUUUUUCCCCGUCUCCUUUUUUUGUCCCAUGUGCGCAUUCGUUGGAGUGUUUCUUGCUCUCUCUUCCUUCUUCACAUUUGAUUUUUCUAAUUUUUAUUUUGCUUUUUUAUUUUAUCUAUCCCUUGGUCUCCAUACCUGGGGUCCUUGACCUUCCCCUCACUCGCAA